CAACAUGGCUCCCCCGUGCCCGCCGGGGCCGGAGCCCGCGGCCGCGCGGAGGUGCUGAGCGCUUUCGGGGCGGCGGCGGCGGUACCGGUGCCAUCAUGCAGAAGAUCAAGUCGCUGAUGACCCGCCAGGGUCUAAGAAGUCCUCAGGAGAGUGUUCAUGACCUCAGUCCUAUUGAAAGCUUUCGGAUUCCUAGUAAGGAGGAGCUCAGAGAACUACGUGAAGAACCAACUGAUCCUCAAGCUCAGCAAGAAAUAAUUAACAGCAUUGAAGAAGUUUAUUUUUCCAAUGAUUCCUUUGAUAUUGUAAAAUAUGAGUUAGAGAGGCUUCCUCCAGUACUUAGUCUUCAAGAACUGGAAGAGUACAGAGACAAAUUAAAACAACAGCAAGCUGCUGUAUCUAAGAAAGUUGCAGACUUGAUUCUUGAAAAACAGCCUGCGUAUGUUCAGGAACUUGAACGUGUUACAUCAUUGCAGACUGGCCUUCAGUUAGCAGCUGUUAUUUGCACAAAUGGAAGAAGACACCUGAAUAUAGCAAAGGAAGGCUUUACACAAACUAGUUUGGGGCUUCUUGCAAAUCAAAGGAAACGACAGUUGCUUAUUGGACUGCUAAAGUCUCUGAGAACAAUAAAAACACUGCAAAGAACUGAUGUGCGUUUGAGUGAGAUGUUGGAGGAAGAGGACUAUCCAGGAGCUAUUCAGCUGUGCUUGGAAUGCCAGAAAGCUGCCAGCACUUUCAAACACUACAGUUGUAUAAGUGAGUUGAAUUCAAAGCUGCAAGACACCUUGGAACAAAUAGAGGAACAAUUGGAUGUAGCGCUCUCCAAAAUAUGUAAGAACUUUGAUAUCAGUCAUUAUACAAAAGUUCAGCAGGCUUACAGGCUGCUUGGAAAAACACAGACAGCAAUGGACCAGUUACAUAUGCACUUCACUCAAGCCAUUCACAACACUGUGUUUCAAGUAGUCCUUGGAUAUGUGGAGCUGUGUGCAGGAAACACAGACACCAAGUUUCAGAAGUUACAGUAUAAAGACCUCUGUACACAUAUUACAUCAGACAGCUACAUUCCGUGCCUUGCUGAUCUCUGCAAAGCCCUCUGGGAAGUCAUGCUCAGUUACUACCGAACGAUGCAGUGGCAUGAGAAUCAUGACCAAGAUGAGGCAGUAGCUGUGUCUUCUGAUGGCAGCAAUGUGAUUGGAACUGAAGAGAACAGUUUUGACCGCAGCUAUGUAAAAAAGAAAUUGGAACAUGGGCUUUCACGAAUAUGGCAGGAUGUUCAACUGAAAGUGAAAACAUAUCUUCUGGGAACAGAUCUGUCUAACUUCAAAUAUGACGACUUCAUAUUUGUACUUGAUGUUACCAGCAGACUGAUGCAAGUUGGAGAAGAAUUUUGUGGCAGUAAGUCUGAAGUUUUGCAAGAAUCUAUAAGAAAACAAAGUGUUAACUAUUUCAAAACAUACCACAGAACCCGUCUUGAAGAAUUAAGAAUGUUUUUGGAGAAUGAGACCUGGGAACUGUGUCCUGUUAAAUCAAGCUUUAGUAUUCUGCAGCUUCAUGAAUUUAAGUUCAUGGAGCAGUCACGUUCCCCAUCUGUGUCACCUAGUAAACAGCCUGCUUCAGCAAUUUCAACAACAGUAACGUUAUUUGAGCAGUACUGUAAUGGAGGAAACCCAUUUGAAAUUCAGGCCGACAGCAAAGAUGAUGAGACAGAAGACGUGCUAGCUUCCAAUGGGUAUGAAUCAGAUGAACAAGAAAAAAGUGCAUAUCAAGAGUAUGAUAGCGACAGUGAUGUUCCUGAAGAGUUGAAAAGAGAUUAUGUGGAUGAGCAGACAGGAGAUGCCCCUGUGAAAAGUGUUUCUCGAGAAACUCUGAGGAGCAGAAAGAGAUCAGAUUAUAACCUCAAUAAAGUGAAUGCACCUAUCCUAACAAACACUACGCUGAAUGUAAUAAGGCUUGUUGGGAAAUACAUGCAGAUGAUGAAUAUUCUGAAACCAAUUGCGUUUGAUGUGAUCCACUUUAUGUCCCAGCUCUUCGAUUACUAUCUGUAUGCGGUCUAUACAUUUUUUGGCCGAAAUGACACGUUUGAAUCAACAGGACUGGGCCUCAGCAGCAGCAGAUUACGUACCACACUGAACAGAAUCCAGGAGAGUCUGAUUGAUCUGGAGGUCUCUGCUGAUCCCACAGGAACCCUCACAGCUGCUGAAGAGAGAAAGGAGAAGGUGCCAAGCCCACAUCUCAGUCAUCUCGUAGUUCUGACAUCUGGCAAUUCGCUGUAUGGUUUGGCAGAGAGAGUGGUGGCCACAGAAUCCUUGGUAUUUCUGGCUGAGCAGUUUGAGUUUCUUCAGCCUCAUCUUGAUGCGGUGAUGCCAGCUGCCAAGAAACCUUUUCUUCAGCAGUUCUAUUCUCAGACAGUGUCAACUGCCAGUGAACUACGUAAACCAGUUUAUUGGAUUGUUGCUGCUAAAGCCAUUGAUUAUGAACAAAUGCUGCUUCUCAUGGCUAAUGUGAAAUGGGAUGUGAAGGAAAUCAUGUCACAACACAAUAUAUAUGUAGAUGCUCUUUUAAAGGAAUUUGAAGAAUUUAACAGAAGGUUGAACGAGGUGUCUAAGAGAGUCCGUAUUCCACUGCCUGUCUCCAACAUCCUUUGGGAGCACUGCAUACGCUUGGCCAAUAGAACUCUCGUGGAAGGUUAUGCCAAUGUAAAGAAGUGCAGCAAUGAAGGACGUGCCUUGAUGCAACUGGACUUUCAACAAUUCUUAAUGAAACUAGAAAAGUUAACAGACAUUAGGCCUAUUCCAGAUAAAGAAUUUGUGGAGACCUACAUUAAAGCAUACUACCUAACAGAAAAUGACAUGGAACGCUGGAUAAAAGAACAUAGGCCACAAGAGAGAUUGUGAGCUGUUGUUUGGUGACCUACAUGGAAAAACUCUUGUUUAAACCUACUGGUGGAAGUUAUAUUUUGGAUACUGUUAGGUACAAAGGUAGUACUGGCAAAUGUGGUGUUUUCACAGGUGUUAAGAAUUCUCGACUUAACAUUUUUGUCAUUUUUUUCCUCCUUUAUCAUGUACUGAAAUUAACAUUGUUUGGAGACCCUGUAGACAGAAGUAUUUAGAAUCUUAUUGGAAAUGAGAAGUCAAAAUAAAAAAGACCAUCAGCUUUUGUCACAGUUUGUUUAGAAAAAUGUUUUUGUGUUAAAAGCUUAUCCCAUUUGCAUGUGUAUUUCCCACCACACCUCCCAAAGAAUGGAAAAUACAUUAAAAAUUGAUUUAUAUACAUAUGUAUUCACAGAAUUUCUGUCAACUCAGUCCAACAUUACUACAGUUGUAAGCAUUUUCCAUUAUAAUCUGCCAUGUAGCAAAAUACAGUUUUGUCCUCUGCCUUAGCUAUGAAAACUAUCCAGACCUGACUUAACCACCACUUUAAAUCUCCCUUGUGUGCUGACUGCUUCUAUCAGUUGAAAAGUCCACAGUGUGUAUGUCUGCACUUUUAAAUUUUCUGUCUUUGUCUGGUGUUUUAUUCUGCCAUAACAUGAUCUGCUUUUAUUUGCCAGGAAUAUUCCACUAAGCAGUUGACCAAUCUGGUGAAUGUUUGUCUGGGCUCCCAUAUCAACAAAAAGGCAAGACAAAAGCUGCUAGCUGCUAUUGACGACAUAGACAGGCCUAAAAGAUAACUGGAGAAAGCUACUUUCCUUGUGACUUGUACCUUUUUCUGUUCACAUGAAGCAUGCAGACAAGUCUCUCAUGGACUGACAACAUUCUCUUAAAAAACAUCAUGCAUGACCUUUCUUACCAGCAUUGGAGACACUCUGAAUGGCAUAAUGUUCUAAAAUAUGUCUUUUCUAAUCUGCAGAAUUUUUUUCUUUUUUAUUUUUUUUUUUUUUUUUUUUUUUUUGUUACUUGCCCUUGGUAAAGGGCCACUGUUUGUGUAUCAUUGGUGAGCUGUAUAUUUUGCAACUGUAUACUGUAAGUAAGAUCAAAAUCGGAGAGAAACACAUUGGCUUAAUAUAUAGUUGAUGCUCUUUUUUAAUAAAAGGGCUACUUGAAAAUAUGACUUCUUUCCUCCCUGCUUUCACCCUCAGAAAUUAUGCUUUAUUAUGGACUAGUGUAAAAUGAAAGGAAAUGUACAGUAUUUGAUUGAUGUAUCUUGCAUGUGGAUUAAGAGUGCAGAUCAACUAAAUACUCUCAUGUUAAAGCCUCUCAUCUUCAUAUGUAUUUAAAAAUGUCUGUUUAUUUCAGAAUUAAUCUAGUCAUAUCAAAAUGAUUGACUUCAGAUUAAUAGAAGGUAAUAAAUACUGUACACUAAUAUGAUUUCUUUGUGAGACUUUAUUUUCCUAAUUCAACAAUGCAAAAUGUCAUUUACAAUAGAAAUUAGUACUGUUCCUUUCAUAUUACCUCCCUUUUGUCCCUCUGCCAGUCUUCCUGGUUCCGAAGCCAUAGUGCCAGGGAAUAGGAAUAAUGUUUUUUUGGCCGAAGUUUUGGAUUGAUAAUAAGAUAAUCUGAAUAUUUCUCGCUCUGCUGUAGACACCCCUAGUGAUCCUGAGCAAAGCAAAAUUGCUUGGCUGCGUAUUUGUCCUAGAAAUCGAUUUGUCAGAGCGUCACUGAUUCCACUGAAGUUUUCAGAUUUGUCUUUUUUUUUCAGUAUGUAAAGUUUUAGAUUUUUUUUUUUAAUUACAUAAUAAACUUUUUGCAGUGCUCUCAGACCUUUUAAAAGGGAAUAUGGUAGCUAACAGGUAAAAUAAUUUACAUAAGGUACAGUCCACUAAUGUAUACAACAUGGUAAAUUCUCAGUUUCAGGUUCAUACUUG